AACAUCUGAAAAUGACAUGGGCAGAGGAAGAAACAUGGAGCCUCAAUUUGAAAUGAAAUAUGUGCCUGAUAUUGAAGACAAUUAUAGCACAAACUCAUUAAGAACAUUUUCACCGAAUGUCAAUGAAAAUCAAUUAGAUGAAACAGGUACAGAUUCAGAUAAAUAUAUAAGAUGCAAAACUAAAAAUCUUAGUGCAUCAGAGCAAGCAUUUCUAGACUACAUUAACAAUCAGCACAAAGUAAUGACUUUGAAUAACACGGCACAGCAUCCAAAUAAAUGUUCUUAUUGUGUGAAAUCAUUUAAAAAACCAUCAGAUUUGAUCAGACAUAUCCGUGUGCAUACAGGUGAAAAACCGUACCCAUGCAAUGUAUGUCAUAAGAAAUUUUCACUAAAAACAUCUUUGGAUUGUCAUAUGACUACCCACAAUAAGUCAAAUAAAACAGUAGUUUGCAGUGUCUGUAAUAGUUCAUUUAGCACCAAAGGAAGUCUGAAGGUGCAUAUGCGAUUGCAUACGGGUUCUCGACCAUUCGAAUGCCCUUUAUGCAAAAUGACAUUUAGAACUUCUGGACAUAAACGAGCUCAUCUUCUAGUUCAUUACAGAGGAGCCACCAGAGAAGGCAAAAAUCCUAAAGAUAUAAUUACUAAAGGGAAUAAGGUAUUGAAUAUUAUGGGACCACUUACAAGUAACAUCAGCAAUUAUUCUCAAACAAUUGAGAAUGCGCAAAUUGGUGAUCAUGAAACUGUUAGUGGCCUCAACUUUGGCGAAAAUGCUGAAUAUUUAUGUAAAAAUUUGGAUGUACAGUUACUUCAAGGCUCUUUUGAAAAAUCAGUUUCCACAAAAGAUUCUGUCUUAAAAUUCAAUGCAAUAAGUGAGCAAAUAUUGGCAGAUACAACAUCGCCAAAGAAACAGAUUCAGAAGAAGUUACAUAUGCAGCAAUGUGAUAUCUGUGAUAAAACUUUUAAGAAGCCUUCACAAUUAAUGAGGCAUAAGUUGAUUCAUACUGGGGAACGACCUUUCCAAUGCAACGUGUGCUCUAAAACAUUUAAUCAAAAAAAUGGAUUGGAUACUCACAUGAGACAUCAUACUGGUCUUCGUCCUCAUGAUUGUCCUUACUGUUCCAAAAGCUUCUCUCAGAAGGGUAAUUUAAAAACUCACAUUAUCAGAACACACGGAAUUGUUUGACUUGAUCAACCUAGCUUCUUCAAUGAACAUCAAUAGGAGAAAAUAAUCAAUAAGAG